CACCCUCCGUCAGAGAUCGUCAGCGCGGGUAUGUUCGGCUGAGGGGCCCAUCGUGUCGUUUUUCGCGCCCCCUUUUCUGUUUUAUGAGUUUCAUGAGGACGGAUUGCCCGAGGAUCGGCCCCAUAAAGUUUCGGGACUUCAAAGUAAAGAUGUUCAAAAGGUCCUGCCUUUCUAUUAUGUUUCUCCUGCCAUUUCGUAUAGUCCUUCCAAUUUCUUUGAAACAGACACCGAUGGAGGCUCAGAAAAAUAACCACAGGAACAUAUCUAUAAUAUUGGAUAACUUGUUGAGAGGAUACGACAACAGCAUAAGGCCGGAUUUCGGAGGUCCACCAGCUGUAGUGGAGGUCGACAUCAUGGUUAGGAGCAUGGGUCCGAUAUCCGAAGUUGAUAUGACGUAUUCGAUGGACUGUUAUUUCCGGCAGACGUGGGUCGACCGUAGACUGGCCUUUCCAGGAAACGCCAGCGAUACUUUGGCGUUGAGCAUCUCCAUGCUGGGCAGGAUAUGGAAGCCUGACACGUAUUUUUACAACGGUAAACAAUCCUACCUACACACGAUAACUACACCUAAUAAAUUCGUCAGGCUGUACCAGAAUGGAAGGGUGCUGUAUUCUUCAAGAUUGACCAUCAAGGCAGGAUGUCCCAUGAACUUGGAGGAUUUUCCUAUGGAUAUACAGAGGUGUCCCCUAAAAUUUGGAUCAUUUGGUUAUACUUCCCGAGAUUUGGUUUAUAAGUGGAAUGACAUAAGACAAGUGGCGAUAGCGGAAGACAUGAAGCUUUCGCAGUUUGAUCUUAUAGCUACCCCAGCUGCAAACAGAACUGAUACUUUGUCCAACAGUGACACACAUGCAGCUAGAUAUUCCAUGCUGUUGGUCAGUUUCCAUCUUCAGAGACACAUGGGAAAUUUUUUGAUCCAAGUCUAUGGGCCCUGUGUCCUGCUAGUGGUUCUUUCAUGGGUUUCGUUCUGGUUGAAUAGAGAAGCAACAGCUGAUCGUGUAUCGUUAGGUAUCACCACCAUUUUGACAAUGACGUUCCUGGGGUUGGAAGCUAGGACGGACCUGCCGAAAGUUCCUUAUCCCACAGCUCUUGAUUUCUUCGUUUUUCUAGCUUUCACAUUUAUUUUUGCCACGAUAAUACAGUUCGCAGUUGUGCAUUACUUCACCAAGUACGGAUCUGGUGAAUGCUAUUUCAGCGCCGAUUUCAGCUCAGACUCUAGUAGUGAAGACGAGGACUGGGCAUCGUUGGAAACAACCGAAUAUAUUGCCAGGGAUACCAACCGCAUAGAACCAACAAACCAAAUAAACGCCAACAAUGACCCUAACUUCAUCGAAGUCAUCCCCUUGUCAGCCUGUACCAUCCCGAUGCCCAGGAGACCAUCUCAGAGCUGGUCCCACCUAUCCUGUCUGAAGAAGAACAGCUCGGACCGCGAACCUGUACCAUCGAACAACACCAACGUUGUGCAAAUCGAGAAAGAGAGGAAGCUAUCUGCCAGCAUAAACCACCAACACCCGAAGAGAAGAAAGAAGAAAAGGACGCCUAGGUUCAAUUCCGUCUCGAAGAUCGACAAGGCGUCCAGAAUUGUGUUCCCCGUUCUUUUUGUUACGAUAAAUUUGUUCUAUUGGUAUUGUUACUUGUCUAGAACUAAGCGGUUGAGGAAUUUGGCGUAGGGCAAGUGUCUGAGCUGAUAAGGGUUUCGUUUAUAGGCCUGUCGAUAUGUCUAUGGAAUCUUUCAGUAUUUGGGAGGAUGGAAUAGCGAGAAAGUGAUGAAAGAAAACUUGUUUCUUUUAUUAUUUUGAAUAAAAUUACAUCUGUAAAUGACAGAUGUAAAAGAAGUCCCUUGCCCAAAUUUGUAAUAUAGGCAUAGAGAAAUGGACUGAUGUCCCGAUGUACCAAGAUAUGACUAUAUGUCUAUGUUUCAGGCAUAGAUGGAAAGGGCCAGAGAGAAAGGUCUCUGGAAAGGGCAGCCAAUUUAAUGCUGGCAUUGCUCAGUCCAUUUCUCUAUGUCUAUGAUUUGUAGCAAACCAGAUCACAAAAAUAUAGGUUCCUUCAUGAAAAUAUAUUACGAAUUAAUUUAUUCAUAACCGAUCUCCACGAAUACUGAAAGAUUCAGUCAUUUUGCAGAUUGAUUUUCAUAUUUUGUAUGUUUAUAUUGUCAUUUUUGAUUCCCUAUAGGGAUUUGAAUAAUUCCUUACAAUAAGAAAUAAAAUGUUUUAGUGUGCGGUAUUGCUGUUAAUAUCAUUAAUUGACCGAUUGGUUCUUCGAUAAAUA